AGAACAGAGGCGUGGAGCUUGCAAGAAUAUCCUACAAGUGGUGAAGCGAUGGUUUAGCGGAGCAAUUUGGUAGAUUUUUUAUUUUUUUUACAGCACGCCCGCCCGACGACACUGUAAUUCCGAGCAGCAAUCCCACAAACAUCUGUGGACGCUCUCUCUGGUGGGAGAUGGCUGUUUUCCGGCUGUCGUUGCUGUUGCAAGUGGGAUUUGUGAUCGGAUCAAACCAUAAAUACGCGGAAUGGUCCGCGCAUGGGGAAGAUAUCAGAACACAGGAGGCGAUUUACGGCGCUCAGACGCACCGUCGGCAGCUGGCGCAUCUCCGUGCGCCUCUUCACCCACCCGGGGAGACGGCGGAGCUGGCGCAAAAAAUAGAGGAGCAUCUCCCCAGGGUGGUCACCGCUUUUCUUCACACGGGGGACUCGACCACCUUAAAGCACGCCAACUGCUCGCGGAGGUACGAGCUCACCUCUCUGCGGGGAAGGUCACACGCCACUCCGCAUUACUCCAUGGGCAGCGUGCUGGAUACGGUGCUGCACGCCACAAACUUCCUCAACAUGAUCUUGCAAGCCAACAGGUCCAGGGAGCACAGUCUCCGGCGAGACAUUGAGUGGUACCAUGCCUUAGUCAGGAGUAUACUGGAGGGAGACGCCAAGAUUCACCGGGCGGUUGUCACUUUCAGCGCGGAUCCAUCCGUGACGGGGCCCUCGGUGCUUCUCCAAGCCACCAGGGCCGGUGGAGAGAUAGUCCUCCAAGACCUGUCCAGCACUGCCCACCACUAUCUGCACAACCGCACAGCAGACACAGAGUGGUACCACGAAGUUAAAGAGAGGAAGAAGCCCGGCUUCCAUAAGAGGGUGCUGAGCCAAGACUUCACAUCAGUUGACAAUUCUUUAAAAAGAGGAGAGAGUUUUAUCCCGGACAAGACACAUGUCAAAUGGUCUGCGCCCUACCUGGAGUGUGAAAAUGGGAAUUUUGUUCCCCGGUGGCUUUUGACCUUAUCAGCUGCUUUCUAUGGCCUGAAGCCCAACCUGGCCCCUGAAUUCAGGGGCGUGGUGCGAGUGGACAUUAAUCUGCAGGAUGUUGAUAUCGACCAGUGCUCCACCGACGGCUGGUUUGCUGGAACCCAUCGAUGCAACCUGACCACUAUGGAGUGUUUGCCGAUCCACGGUCAUGGAUUCGUCUUAGACAAGUACAAGUGCCACUGCAAGAAAGGAUUCUACCACCCCAACAGAGUGGCUGUCAACGGCUUUACACGGAUUGGGAAAAAGGGAAAAGCUGCAGAAAGCGGUCCCAACGCGGACGAGGGGUCCUCCAGCGACUGCCUGCCGUGCCAGCAGGGCUGCGCCUACUGUAAGGACGACACCCCCUGUGUUGCACGAGAGGACGGCGCUCUUCGCAUGGCGGUGCUCUCCUUCCAGAGCCUGUGCAUGCUGAUUGUCUUCAUUAGCAUGGUGCUCAUCUACCAUUUUCGCCGGAAUAAGAGUAUCAGAGCAUCAGGUCUAGUCCUGCUGGAGGCCAUCCUGUGUGGAGCUCUGCUUCUCUACUUUCCGGUCGGGAUUCUUUAUUUCCAGCCGAGUGUUUUCCGAUGCAUCCUGCUGCGAUGGGUCCGAAUGCUGGGUUUCGCUACUGUCUACGGGACACUGACUCUCAAGUUGUACAGGGUGCUGAAGGUGUUCCUCUCCCGGACAGCCCAGAGGAUCCCCUACAUGACCAGCUGGAGAGUGCUGCGUCUGCUGGGCAUCAUCCUGCUCAUCGUGUGCUGGUUCCUGGUGGCGUGGACAUCUGCCGUCUGUCAGAACCCGGACAGGAAGUCGGCUCUCAUCGACGUGGGCUACACGCCCGACGGGCUGCAGUUCAGCAUUUGCCUGCUGGAUCGCUGGGACUACAUGAUGGCUGUUGCUGAGUUCCUCUUCCUGCUGUGGGCGGUGUACCUGUGCUACGCUGUGAGGACGGUGCCGUCGGCGUUCCACGAGCCUCGCUACAUGGCCAUCGCUGUUCACAACGAGCUCGUCCUGACGGCGAUAUUCUACGUCAUCAGGUUCACUCUCGCUCCUGAGCUCCACCCAGACUGGAUGCUCCUACUGUUCUUCACCCACACACACUUAACUGUAACAGUUACACUGGGUCUGCUGCUCGUUCCUAAGUUCCUGUUCGCUGGCACCCACAUGAGAGAUGACAUCGCCUCUGAGGCCUACGAGGACGAGUUGGACAUGGGUCGAUCCGGGUCGUAUCUAAACAGCAGCAUAACGUCCGCGUGGAGCGAACACAGUCUGGACCCCGAGGACAUUCGGGAGGAGCUGAAGAAACUCUACUCACAGCUGGAGAUUUACAAGAGGAAGAAGAUGCUGGCAAACAACCCUCAUCUCCAGAAGAAGCGCAGCUCCAAGAAAGGGCUGGGUCGCUCGCUAAUGAGGCGCAUCACCGAGAUUCCCGAAUCUGUGCACCGGCAAUGCAGCCGCGAAGACAAGGAGGCCGGGGAACAUGGGAGCAAUCGUAACAGCAUCUGCAUGUUGAAGAAAAACCCUUUCGACCCGCCUCACCCAGGAAAACCGGCAAAGGAGGAGACGCUGAAGAACAAGGUUUUCUCCCUGAAGAAGUCCCACAGUAGCUACGACCACGUGCGCGACCAGAGUGAAGACUCCAACAGCUCGGCAACAGACAAGAUGGAGGUGACCACAGCUGAAGGCUCCCUCCUGGAUACACUCAUGGGCAAGAAGCUGGUCAAGAAGAAAUCUAGUGAGAAUAUAAAUGUCCCGAGUGAAUCUACAGAAUCGGUUCCUUUGGUCUGCAAGUCCGCCAGCGCCCAUAACCUCACCGCAGACAAGAAACCGAUUCAUCCCAGAGCGUCCAUGCUGCAGAAGUCGCUCAGUGUCAUCGCCAGUGCCAAAGAGAGGACUUUGGGCUUGACAGGAAAGACCCAGAGUGCAGAGGACAGCAAUAAGAAGAGUCAGCCAAAGAGCAAAGACACAAGGGCCAGUGCAGAGCUGGAUAAUGAAUGCCAACCCAAGAUGAUUAUUAGCCAGUCGGUUGAGUACAAACAGAGUGCGGCGAAAGGUAGGAUCAUGAAGCAGCCGGUGAGCGGCAGCGAGCCUUCAAUCUGCUCCGAUCCAGUCAAGGGAAAGGACCUCUACGACCUCUCGGAAGUGUGCCCUUGGGAAGUGGAAGAUCUCCCGACUCCGUCCGAAAACAAGGUCCAAAAGCACGUAUCUAUAGCGCCGAAGGAAACCACAACGGUUCACGGAGGAAGCACCAAGGGAGGCAAAUCUCAGCAGCAGAAGCAGAGAGCGUCCGAUCAGUCGCCAUCAAGUGGAAGGAAUUCAAAGGAGAUUCAGAAGACGACUGCUGUUCGAGCUGACGUAUGUCCGUGGGAGGAUGCAGGUGAGAGUAAUGCUAGUCAACUGGAAGGGUCAAAGCAACAGGUAUCCAGUCAGGCUAGCCAGCAGGCUAAAACACAGCCGCCUCAUUCUGCAGUAGAAAGCGCCAAAACCCAGCGGGCAGACGUUUGUCCAUGGGACUUCGAAGAGGCUCAAAAGACAACAGAGUUGGCUCGCUCGCCGGAUAUGACAAAGCAGAGAAAAGGUACAUCUCCAGUGGAUGGGAGAGGAAGAAGUUCCCUUUCGGAUUCAUCCAAAAUCGGAGCCUCACUCCAGCUACCACCUCCAAAAGCUGAUGUGUGUCCCUGGGACUACGACAGUGCGGCGGUAUCUCCGAAUUCUGAGAGGACGCCGAGUCCCUCUCGAGGUUCCAAAACCACGGAGUCCCCUUCGAAAAAGAAGGGUACGCUUUCCACAAGAACGCUUGAGACAGAGAAAUCAAAAGACGCUGAUGAUGAGAAAAGUAGAACAAAAGCUAAGGACAAGAGCAAAUCUUCGGAGAAACACGCGAGCCAACAGAAAAUGGCGGAUGUUUGCCCGUGGGAUGUCGAGGGUCACCAGGAGGUGCCGUUGGUAGAAAAAAGGAAAAGCGCAAACGUUGGAGCAGCCAAAGUGAAACAGGCUGAAGUGUGUCCGUGGGAUUAUCAGGAGACGUCGGAUACGAAAGGUACAGACAAAAGUGCUGCUGCAGUGAAACAGAGCAGUCCGAAUCCCAAAGGCGGGGUUGUCAGCGCCGUGAAAAAGGCAGAUGUUUGUCCCUGGGACUUUGAGGAUAGCACAUCAAGCAAGAAGGCAUGA